AUGCCUUCCAACAAGUACCGUCGGCCGCCCUCAGUGCGCUGGUCCUCCGACGUCCCAUCCACCACCUUUUCUCUCCCUCCGCCCCCGCGUCCUUCAACUCCCCAUCCAUCCGCGGGUUUACUUAAUCCUCCCCCGCCCUCCGACAACACCAGCCAACUCUACGACUUUGUCCGGCAUCCAUACCUCCGAGAUUCCGAAGCCUAUCGUAGUUCGACGCGGAAUCUCUACACACUCGAUCCAGACAGGCCAUGUCGUAGCUCAACCCGAGAGACCUACCCACACGAUACAUUCGGCACUCGGCAUUCGUCAAGCUACUACGCUCCACUCCACAACCAAACACCAUCAUAUUAUGGAUCCCGUGCUAGAUCUGUCUCCCGCGGCCGCGAUCGUGACCGCGAGUACCGCUCCCCUACAACCCCGCGCCCAUACCAUCGCGGCCGAAGCCGAAGCCGAGACCCAAUCUCAACAACCCAUCUCGGAAGCACAAGGCCAUACACCUACCAACCACCGACCACCCCAACCUACGCCACGGGAUACUACAACCCCCCAACCGGUAGUCACACCUACGGUGGCAGCUCGCUGUUGUACGACCCACCCACAACGCUAUACGACCGACCCAGUGGGGGAGGCGCAUACGGUACUCCUACCUAUUCCACAAGUUACCCUCGUCGGGAGUCAAGCAGGCGUAGGAGCUCGUCACUGCCUCGCCGCCGCGAACCACCAGUGACUUUGCGCGAUAGUACGAGUAGGGAGAGGCCGUUUUAUGGGGAGUUGAGGUAUGAAGUGGGCGAGAGGGACUACCCAGAGGGAGCGUGGUUGUAUGAUCCGUUGUCGACGGGGAAUAGGAGGUUUUGA